AUGUAUGAAAUUCAUGAACAUAACCGCACAUGUAAGAAGAAGCCUUUGAAGGUGGACUUCCAGCCCAUGGCUAUCACCAAAGAGACAACUUUGGUGGGUCAGUUUGUCCUGGGCAGCUCAUCUGGACCUAGAGACGGUCUCCUGCUCAACUCCUGGGCAGGGGAUCUGCCUGACAAAACAGGAGAGCAUGUGAGCUCAGUCACUGAGUUUGGUUGCAUUCCAGUUAUCUCUGUCUCCACACUGAGCAGUUGUAUAGGUGGUGACCAGGUCAGUAGCUUUUUGGACAACAUCAAGGGGAUUACAGACCCCAGUCAACUCAACCCACCAGACUUCUGCCGUGACGCAGAGACGAAGGACAGUGAAAAGGAGCCAACAGAUUUCCUAAGUCUGUUUCUGACCAAGAAAUAAAGACU